AGGAUAUGGAAUGCUGAAACAGCUUUCCCAGAAAAGAGUCGCUGGGUGUUGUCAGUAGACGAAAGUUACAAAGAACAUCAGCUCCAGUUUCCUUUGCGUUUGUCAUGCGUGGCCAAAACAACAUCGGUAUCGAGAAGAACAAUGAUAGAGGACAUCCGUGAGGAUUAUGCCCGUGUUUUUUUUUUCUGUCACUUUCGUGUAUAAAAGUUGUUCAAGCUGAACCUUGGGGAGGAGAGCCACACUUCUGAAGUCCAUCAUCAUUGACUGGAAAUUUUUCCCUCGAGGAGUUGUCAGCGCGAUGAAAAUGUCUGUGUGGUUUUCCCUGCUCGUGCUGGCGACACUUUGCGGACAAACAAACUCAGUUCUUCCCCAGAUAAGUCUGUACCAACCGGCUGUGGUCAAACCUAUCUUCGACAAGAUGCAAGAGUAUGGGCUCAAAAUGACAGAACAAAGCAAGAAAGAUAAGGGGAAAAAACAGUAUUUAGUUGUUUUAAUUGCUUCACAUGGUGAAAUUAUGGACUUCAACAACCAGGAGCCGCUUGAAACACAUUUCAAUGGUCGAUUAAACUGGAUACCCAAUAAACGAGACUCUAAAAUAGAAAAACUCUUUGACACAGAAAGAACAUCGCAUGGGGAAGCAAGAUUUAUCUAUGGCAAUAUGAUAGAUCCCAUGAUUAAAAAGUUCAGAGAUGUAUACGGAAAUGUUGAACUUCCCAUUGUUCUGAUGUACUCUCACUACAUUCCCUGCGCUAAUGUCAACGGUCUUCCGUAUUCGUGCUCUGAGGAGUUAGCUGUGUUUGCCACUUACAACUGGAAGAACUUUGGUCUACUUGUCGCAUUUUCUGAACAUUUUGUGGGGUUCACACCUGAAGACACAGGCACAGAUGUACAGUCUGCUAAUCAUUUUCUUCAACUCGGAGGCAUUCCAUCCUACCGGUACCAAUAUGAUGACAAUAACAACGAGAAUUUUGUUCAAAAUAAUAAUGUCGAAAAUGCCGAUAAAUCUGACAGAUGGCAAUCUGUGACUUUCUUAUCCAACUUCUUUAAAUGUCUUGAAACUAAUGUUCAGGGUGGGUGCCUAUCCGACUCGGCUGAGGAGAGAAGUAAGAUCAUUGCAUAUUUUGCCAACUACGCCGCAUACGCAUGUUUUCAAGCUAUGAGUUUUCGUUGGAGAGCGGAACAUACAAAUCAAAUAAAGAAUUGUUUCAACGAUUAUCUUCAGAUGAAUAUUGAUUCGAACUGCAAACAGUGCUCUAACAAAUGUGAAGCGUUAAAAAAAACUCAGGAAUGCGUUAAACCCUCAGUUGACAACUCUCUAGUCCCUGGACAACUGGAAGAAGAUUUCAAUCCCUUAAAAUCAACUUGGAGGGCUUCGAAUGAUGAAAACCUUACCAGAUUAUUUCGCAAAGCAGAUGAGAACAAAAUAAAACAAUUUGGCAAGGACAUGUCGUGUAAGGACAAGUCUCUCGCCCCCCAGUCACUGUGUACCAAAAUAUAAGUAUUAUUGUUUAAUUGCAACUGAUUGCAACUGACAGAAAGUGAUCUUCUUACUGUUAUCUCAGAAGUUCACGCAUUCUUUUUUUCUUUAAUUUUGACCAGAUUUAGUAUCCUUUAAAAGUUUUAAAAACAAAUUGUCAACUUCAUUAACGUAUAGUUUACUAUACUGGUAAUAAUAGUAGAGUAGUCGUCUAUAUAUGAUUUAGUAAUACUAUUAGAAUGUUCCGCUAAGUUGUCUGCGCAUAUAUUGUAUAUAUAGUUUCUUGAUAUUUAACACACUUGAACAGAAAUACACACAUUACUAUUUUUUUGCUCUAUUUUUAUCCUAUUACAUGUAUAAAUAGCUUCUAUUUUAUUGUGCAGGUGACAUAUGUUAAGAAUACUUUUUAUGCACAUCUACAUUCAGGCACACCCUCUAAACUACUCUUCAUAAAUGUGGAAACUACAUGAGCUCAUAUUGUAGUGUGCAUAUCGUGUGAGCCUUACAUUAAACUCCACUUCUUUAAACUUCAACAUUUUUGUUAAAAUGAAUAAAUCUCAGAGACUGAUAGAAACAGAGACAAAAAGAGAGCUGAUUGUGGGUUGUUGUGACAUUUCCAUGCCAAUAAGAGACGAUGGACAUAUUUUGUUUUUGGAAUCUCAUCAAGAACUUUUUACUCGCUGUUACAUAACUUUGAAUUUAAUGUAAAUUACAAAACGAGUUGUCUUGGUAAUGAUAAGUUUAGCUUUUAUUUGCUUUUCAUUUCCUGUUGUAUAUUUGGUCUGAGCAAUUAAAGUUUGUGAUUUCACAUUUUUA